AUGCUCAGCGCCUCACACUUCCUGCCCUCGGAGUCUUCACAGCCUCAGCUGCGGCGGUGCGACCCCAGCAGCGAUUGGGGACAUGACCCCAGCUCCAGUCACAGAGAGACACCAUCCAUUCACCACAGGCAGAUACAGUCCUGCAGAUACACGGAUAACAGGAGAUGGAGCUCUGUACAUGUACAGUCAGGACCAGAGCAGAGGAAGCCCAAUCAUCAGGGACUAGCAGCAGAAGCAGAGAGGAUUAAAGACAUGGAGAACCAGGAACUAACAACACCUCCUACACCUCCUCACACUGACUCUAUGGGCCUCCUCUCUCCUCCUACACCUCCUCACACUGACUCCAUGGGCCUCCUCUCUCCUCCUACACCUCCUCACACUGACUCUAUGGGCCUCCUCUCUCCUCCUACACCUCCUCACACUGACUCCAUGGGCCUCCUCUCUCCUCCUACACCUCCUCACACUGACUCUAUGGGCCUCCUCUCUCCUCCUACACCUCCUCACACUGACUCCAUGGGCCUCCUCUCUCCUCCUACACCUCCUCACACUGACUCCAUGCGCCUCCUCUCUCCUCCUACACCUCCUCACACUGACUCCAUGGGCCUCCUCUCUCCUCCUACACCUCCUCACACUGACUCCAUGGGCCUCCUCUCUCCUCCUACACCUCCUCACACUGACUCCAUGGGCCUCCUCUCUCCUCCUACACCUCCUCACACUGACUCCAUGCGCCUCCUCUCUCCUCCUACACCUCCUCACACUGACUCCAUGGGCCUCCUCUCUCCUCCUACACCUCCUCACACUGACUCCAUGGGCCUCCUCUCUCCUCCUACACCUCCUCACACUGACUCCAUGGGCCUCCUCUCUCCUCCUACACCUCCUCACACUGACUCCAUGGGCCUCCUCUCUCCUCCUACACCUCCUCACACUGACUCCAUGCGCCUCCUCUCUCCUCCUACACCUCCUCACACUGACUCCAUGGGCCUCCUCUCUCCUCCUACACCUCCUCACACUGACUCCAUGGGCCUCCUCUCUCCUCCUACACCUCCUCACACUGACUCCAUGGGCCUCCUCUCUCCUCCUACACCUCCUCACACUGACUCCAUGGGCCUCCUCUCUCCUCCUACACCUCCUCACACUGACUCCAUGCGCCUCCUCUCUCCUCCUACACCUCCUCACACUGACUCCAUGGGCCUCCUCUCUCCUCCUACACCUCCUCACACUGACUCUAUGGGCCUCCUCUCUCCUCCUACACCUCCUCACACUGACUCUAUGGGCCUCCUCUCUCCUCCUACACCUCCUCACACUGACUCCAUGGGCCUCCUCUCUCCUCCUACACCUCCUCACACUGACUCUAUGGGCCUCCUCUCUCCUCCUACACCUCCUCACACUGACUCCAUGGGCCUCCUCUCUCCUCCUACACCUCCUCACACUGACUCUAUGGGCCUCCUCUCUCCUCCUACACCUCCUCACACUGACUCCAUGUGCCUCCUCUCUCCUCCUGCGCCUCCACGCCUCGCCUCCUUCUCCUCGCCGCCCACUCAGCUCCAGCCGCUCUUUUAA